CCUAUAAAAGCAGCACCACCGGGAUUAACUGUUACGUAGGAAUUGUCUUGCAAAACAGUAACACGAAUCGGAUAGCUCUGGAUUUUGCUGCGGUUGUACGGCUUGCUUCGCAUCGUAUCUGUCUCGGCCAAAGACUUGGAUCAUCAGGAUCAUGAACAAAAUGACUUGGUUCCACUUACUGUGUCUGGUCAUGGCAGGCAUGGCACAAACCGAAGAUUCGACGGAGUCAAACGAAACUUUCGUCAAGGGGACUUCUGUAAAGGAGUCAAUUGCUAAAGAAAACAAUUUUGAUGCGAGCAACGAAGACUGGGGGUCUUACUACGACCCUCAAAAUAUCUUUUGCGGCAAUUUUGACUGCUACAAAAUAUUAGGCUUUGACUACGAAUCGUUCGGAAAAGAGCAUCCGACGACCAAGGAAAUCACGAAGCGUUACCGUCAGCUUUCGCGUGAAUGGCAUCCCGACAAGAGUAAACACAAAGAUGCAAAAAAUCGUUUCGUAAAAAUUGCUCGCGCCUAUGAAGUACUCACGUCAAUUGUACAACGUAAAGAAUACGAUGAGUUGCGCUACAAUCAACAAGCGUACUUCGACAAGUAUGGUGCUUCAGUUCUUUGGAGUUAUGCGCCCAAAACCGAUACUGCCUUCGUUGUGUUGAUCAUUUUCGUUGUGGCCAACGUUUUCUCUUGGUUUGCGCAGAAGCAUCGAUGGCAGUUAAUUGCAGAUCGCCUCAUCAAGGCUGCGGUCGAGGACUGGACCCCUAGUCAAGGCGGGUCACCGGAAAGCAAGCAACUUCGAGAGAAGGCAUUGGAUUUAUUGAAUACCAAAGAAAACGAAGAUUAUAAGGAACCAGACGCGCUCACGAGCAAAGUUUCGACUCCCAAAAAGUCAAAGAUGAAGGGGGUAAAGAAGAUAGCCGGUAAAGAGCGAAAGCAGCAAGAGCAAGAGGCAGUAGUUCCAAUAAUUACCGCGCUUGUCAAUGACAUGAACGAUUUUGGUGGAGGAUUUCAUAAGCCUACAUGGAAAGAUUUGUUGAUUGUUUCUUUGGCCCGCAUGCCGUACAAAGUUGCGCAUGGAAUUCUUUGGCAAACGAAAUACUAUAUUAGACGCUUGCAAAAGCACGAGCUAAACGAGGACGAGCAACUCGUCUUGACAAGACGUGCAGUGGGCCCAGUCUACUGGGAAACAGCUACUGACGAAGAUCGCGAGGACAUGGUUAAGAAAGAGCUUUGGAUAUUGGAAAACCUUGUCGAAUGGAACGAGGAACAAGAGAUAAAAAAACUGAGUGCAGCCGAGCAAAAGUAUUACAACAAGCUGAAAAAGAAGGGUAAGCUUGAUAAAUUAGAGUGACGAUUGUUUUACUGCUGAU